UUAAUUUCAAAGUUAGUAUCAAAUAUUCAAGCACUCUGUUUCGAAUUACUUCAAAGUCGAUUAAUCGUCCUUAAUCGCGAUUGCUUCCCUUCGUGAUUACGUAUUUUGACAAGUUACGCAGCCGAUGGUUCUAGAAGUUCAGCUUCAUCAACCGGUCGUCUGAGUCAGAGUAAGAGAUGGACAUGAGCACGUCCUCGGAUGCUGACAGUUGCCGCCAUGUUCUGGAGGAAGGGGUAACUCGGGGCGACUGUCACAAGUGUAGCGAGAAAGCGGGAGGAAAAGCUGAGAAAGACACAGCCCAGGAUACGGGGUCAUCACACGACCCCUGGUCCGACAAGGUCACGAGGGUCAAACAGGAGAUGGAGGAAGAAAAUGGUGAUCCGAGGAAAGAGUUGACACAACUCCCACCGUCAUUCAUCUCCAAGGAGUGGAGCUACCUGUGCGAAGUUGACCUUCCCCAGCAGCCCGCAAAUUUCAGGGUGGAUGAUUCUUCCCAAACCAGCGAUGUCGAAAAGAAAAACGUUUUUAUCGAAGACAGAAUCGAAGGCACUUCUUCUGAAUGUCUCAACAAUUCACUUGUUCAUCGCCACAAGAAGACGGAUGUCGAUGUCACAGUCUUCCUUGCGAUUGAACAAGCCGAUGACGUGGCAUAUAAUAAAAGAAUAACCACUGAAAGCUUAGGUGUCAGGGACAAAGACAAUGCGCCAAGUUAUAUUGAUAAAGAAACCAAUACUAAUACACUCAGAGAUCUUCAGGAAAAUAACUGGCAAAGUGUUGGCUGGUCAGAAACUGCUUUUAGCAAAACUCUUGCUUCACCUGGGGCAUCAACAGCCUCGUUAAAGCACAUCCACACAGAGACGUUCAGGGGCAAUGUGGGAAGAAAAGUCAUCCAGUCACCGGUGUCAGGAAAGUGUACCAAGGACAGUGGUGAAAAAUCACUUAGAUCAGGCGGGAGUUCUGCCUCCUGGCAAGGAAGGCAAGAGGCAAACAAUCAAGCAGAUAUUCGAGACGACAAAAAUGUGAGAGGAAGCACUGUCUUGGAGGCACUGGGAGACGAUCUGUCGAAAAGCACCUUGAAAGAUUGCGUCGACGAAGAGAAUGCAGACGACAUGAAAUUAUCGAAACAAUGCUUCACAGGUCAAUCAUCGAGUUUAGUCAUCAGUGACCAGCCUGUUAGUCUUAGUCUCGAACCCUCCACGCAUCCCUCCGUGUUGCCCGUCUUCUCCCAGCUUGGAUUUCAAGGGAAAUCUUUGAGGUCAGAAAACGAUGGCUUCACUUCUACGUCAGCACUUGUACAGCGCUCAUUGGGCCGCAGAAAGCAGGUGAACCCUAGACAGCGACCGGCACGAGGCCAGCUUUCUCUACCCCAACAUAUUAGUGUCACACAAUCAGAGGAUGCACCAAUGAAAUCUGACAAUGAUUCCGAGACAAAAACGAACAAGAAUGGCACUGGACCUGGGAGGCAGUCUCAAGGAAUAAGGCGAAGGAGCACAUCUGUUUCUCAAGACACAAAGUUUCCACACUCCAAUGUUCUCAAAUCAAAACAACGAGAGAGCGCGGUUCAGCACAGUUCAGCUCCUACAGGCAUGAGCUCUUUGAACGAGUCUGCAACACGCUUCAUCGUUCCCGUUCUGCAGUCACCUAGCUUACCUCUACAAUCUCCCUUUCACCCUUCCCGUCCUAGUCCAAGUCCUUUCCAGAAAAUAAACUCAGGUUUACCCCUGUCGCCUUUCUGCUUUCAAUCGUCCGUUGAAGCGAAUUGUCAAGCUCGGCAACGACAGGAGCAAGAAGAGCCUCGUAUCUCUUUGGACAAGGACGACAGAAUGAACUGACAAAUUCUGCACUCUCAGAUCCCACUGAUGCUGCUGAAACGUCCAAACCUGGCAACUGUAAAAUGGGGACAUCAUCAAGCUUAAGACAAGCCCGGACAAACGUGAUUACUUCCCCUCGGUCGACGGGACACAGAACCAUAGUUAGUACUUCUCCACCCACAGACACUGCAAGCCUACUUGGGUUCUGCCAGUCAAGCAACACGUCUGGAACUAUCGGAACUACUACCUCAGUAUUUUCUUCUGCUACAAGCUUAAAAACAACGAGACUGAAAGCUGCGUUAAACGCAAGGGAGAUAAACAUGACAGCGUUGCCCAGCGCAGACUCAGGUAACGGCUGUGUCUACCAGCAACCUUCCAUCUCAGAAGCUUAUCAAGGAUUCGGACUCGGGUAUAAGUAUAAAAACAUUCAGACCAGCAUUAAUGACAUCAAUUCAUCACAAGAGGAUGUGUCUAUAAAGAAGAACUUACAGGGACGGAGUCGACAGAGCACAACUCACAUAGUGACUCAGCGUCCGUGUCGUUUCUAACAUCUACACUAGGUCUUCCUUAAAGAAAAUAGGUCAACCAAGAGCAAAGAUGAACUCUUCUGAGACUGAGUACCAAAGGGGUGCUCUUGAUCUUACGGUUGAUACUACAAGAGCUACCUCUAACCAUGAUGUGCUUAAUGAACAUCCACUUCUUCAGCCUAUUGCGUGUAAGGACGUUGAUGCUAAGAAACACACCAAGCAGAAAAGUCUGAGGUGGUCGUUUCUAGAGAUCAAAAAGAAGGAAUUAAGAAUAGCAGCCCCAGAUGGUGAAGCUGAACCAGGUCAAAAUAAUACUUCAGCAUGUACUUCGCCAGGUACUGAACAACGCAGGGACAACCCAUCAAAUCCGAAAUACUGUAGGGCGCAUGUUGAAGUGGCUUGCCCAGACAAACAAGUCGCCACACAAGCAGAAGACACAGUCCAAGACGGUCCUAUUCUUCAGGAGGAUGAAGUGACAAAACAAGAAAGAUCCCACAUUGUGUACCAGAUCAGCGCCAGCGUCAGUCAGUCAACAGCAGCAGAAAAUGUCAGAAAACUCUGGAGAAACGGCUUCUAAUGUAACAUUUCAGCUGUAAGUGCUCUUCUGCAGUCUCUAACAGCUAAGACCAAGGACGCGGAGUGGACUUCCCACGAAGAUACCACUCAGGCAAUAGAGUCCUUCCCUGCUGUGGCUACGCUGACACACAUAGUGAGCGAGAUCAAACGAAAGGACAACACCGGAAAAAAGAGUGCAGGAGUAAAUAAGUCAAAACAAGGAAACGUAAGGUCACAAGGCACGAAGAGAGCUUUACAAGACAGAGUAACAGAAUCUAUGAUUCAAGAUCCGCUGCAUGGGUCGGUCGUCGCUGACGAACAUACAGGAGCAGCCACCAUCGAGGACACGUACAAUCCUCCAGCAAAUCCAAAUAAAUAUUUCUUCAGGAAAGGGGUCGAAGGCUAAGAGGUCAAGAAAAUCUACACAAAAAGUGGGAAAGGAAGGCUUACAGCUACCGUCUUUGGAAAACUCAGGGCUAAAGCUUCCAAUUUCUUCUAAGACUAACAGUCCUAGUCCGAUGCCCUCAUUUCCGAUUCCAUUCGGAAACGUUUCUUUCUUGCCCUUUCAGUUUAUCGCUCAUAAUAUCCCCAUGUUUACUCGGCAUGCAUCAAAUCCUUCUCAUAGAAACACUGACACGUCCUCUGCAACUAUCAAGAAAAUCGGACGAUUCCCCGAUGCCCGCUCGGAAGGAACCUUUUACCGACAGCCCUCACAUGUCAAGGUGCUGGGUACGCGAGUCGUUACGUAGAAGUUGAUUCCGAAGGAUCAUCCGUUGAUGUGACCCCUGCAACCGACAGCGUCGACUACUCUCCUGCUCCGCUUGCCGGCGUGCCGCAGAGUGGGAGUGGGAUUCCUCUCUUCUUCUUCCUUCCCCACUCCCAGCUCUUGACUCUAGGCGCCACUUCCUCAGGCUGCAGCACAGAAAUUUUCCCAUGCCAACAGGUUGUUGUUCCCAUGGGGACGCACCUCGCGCCGAAGUCCACACAAGCGCGACGUCCGACCCAACGACUACGGAAGCAUUAAAAUGGAAACUAACAAAGAAUCUAAAGUGCUCCCAGACAGACUCUCUGGGCCGACUCCGGUCCUACCACAACUUGGUCAUCAGUCAGUAACUUUGAUCGAAAACCAGACCCAGCCUUCGGUCGCUCAGCCAAUAUUGUCGAGGACUUUGGAGGAAAGCGUGGAAUGCCCUGUGGAUAUUUGCCAAGUCGUCAGCAGCACGUGGUGUGACGACGCGCCAGUGUCGUGCACUGGUAAUGACAUUAACUCUGAAGAGAGACCAGUGAGCGGCUACGAGAUCAGUCUGAAUGAGGGUAACAAUAAUUUGGACACAAAAUAUCCCCAGCAAAGUUUUCAUGAUUCCACUGAACAUCUGGUGCCAGGCGCCCGUUCGACCACUUUGGAACCAGAAGAUAAAGGAAGACCGACGAGGCAGAGGCGCAGCAUGCCCAACCGUUACAGAACGGCCAUUCAAGAAGAGGAGCUGUCGGAGAUGUCAGACUUUUCUGAGCACGCCCACGAUGUCUCGGAUGACGAUUGGAGGCCCGAUAACAACAAUUGAUCUCAUUUCUUCCUCAGAAAAUGAGACAGAUGUUGAAAGCGACUGGGACUUUGAUCACAACGCCAAUAGAAGAAGCCGAAAAAGAAGCUCGGGUGGGACAAGCAGAUCGCGAAAAAUCGGCAGCAAUAACGAGCCGCAAAAGUUACAGCUCGGUAAGGUGCUUUCGGACUGCGGGGAUGGUUAUGUCACUCCAUCUUGUUUUCCACCCAGUGAGGGGAGGUCUAGCUCUGAGUUCCGCGGCUCUGUGAGCUCCACAAGCUGCUCCGCUGGCACGGCCACAAGUGAAGCGUCUGGAAGCGAAAACGUCAGCUUCCAGAUUGACGAAGCUGUUCGAGAGUCCAAAUCGGCGGUGCUGCAGGUUCGUCACUCGCGGCCCAACCGCAGGCGACGGCGAGUACCGUACACAAAAGAGGAGCUGACAUGCCGCGAGUGCAGCAAGGUCUUUGCGAACAUCUACCGGCUGCGGCGGCACGAGGGAUCACACCGCGAGGAACGCCCCCACAUCUGCGACAUCUGUGGGAAGGGCUUCAAGCAAUCCGGUCACCGCAACGAGCACAGACUGACCCACGACACCGUCGGGCGGCGCAGCUUUCUGUGCCACUACUGUGGUGUCAUCAUCAACAGCAGGUCAUCUUUCCGAUACCACAUGAUGUCACACGACCAGAUGCUCGUUGAUGUGGCAAUUGUAACCUCAAUCGCGACCGCGUCGGAAAACGGUGUUGGCGACAAGACGAAGGACUCCACCCGACAUCGGAAACACACAGAGGCAACGGAGCUCCGCGACAAGAGUCGCGGUGAUGGGGCGACUUCUUCCUACACCGCCUACGAUUGCCCGCAUUGCCCCGACCGCUUCGCCACGGCCCAGAGCUUGAACAGCCACCUGGAGUCGCACCCAGAGGUGGCGUUGCGCUGUCACGUGCAGCCGUUCAUGUGCGAGAAGUGCGGGAGAAGUUUCACGUACCGCCACAACCUGUUGAAGCACCGCCUGCUGCACGUGAAGCCCGUUAAGUAUGCUGACCUGUAUCGGCGCAAGGUGCAGGAGCACAUCUCCAGCGGCAAGCCGCACUUCACCUGCGACACCUGCGGCAAGGUGUACCUGCGCAAGGAAACGCUGGCCAAGCACUGCAAGACUCACCUGGGUAUAAAGCCCUUCCAGUGCCACGUCUGCUGCAAGCGCUUCACCCAGAAGAUCCACCUGACCGUCCACUCGCGUCUGCACACCGGCAUCCGCCCCUUCCAGUGCCGCACGUGCCGCUGCUGCUUUCUGGACAGCACAGCACUGGCACGUCACGUGGAGCGGGAUCUGUGCCGUCAGGAGGGCUUCAGCUUCAACAUCGGCAAGCGGGGACGCAGGCCCUUCCACAUGGCGCUUGACGGCGACAAGAAACAGGAGGAGCGUAAGAAAGUGGUCAACGCUUCCGUGCUGCACUGCACCUUGUGCAAAUGGAGAGGGAAGCGUGAGGGCAACCUUCUGAACCACAUGAAGCGAGUACACAAAGUUGGCACCGCGCAGAUGACUAGGCAACAGGAUAGAAAGGACGGCACAAGCACACAUCUGUUUCCUAGCGAUAGUAGCGGGGAAGCAAACCUUACACCCACACACGUGUGAAUCUUCACCAGCGACAUCUUGAUACCUCGGGCAAUCACGUACCCCAGGUUUCUACGUGAUGGUAGACAAUGGGAGACAACUGCCAGGGCAUAUCUUUUUGUCUUCUGUUAGAAAUAUUUUCUUUCUUCUAAUACACAACAACCCGUUUGCUUUAUAUUUCGGGUUUGUGAAACUGAUGUCAAACCUUUCGGAUCGUCAAACCCGCCUUCCUUAAGUGCUUGAAAUACCCGUGUACAGAAAACUAAACUAAAACGUGUGUUCUCUGUUUAGACAAUGCCGGCUCGUGUUAGGAGGUUUCAGACAGGGAACAUGACAAUGGCGUCCAGCAGGACAUCUUGAUCUUUCAGUGGAAGGAGAAUACCACUAGAGGUAUACCUCUUCUUCACAGCAAAACUACUUCUACAAGUGUGAAACCAGGGGAUGGGGGGAAAUGUUUGCAAUGCAUCUAGUCAUGACGCCGUCUGGAUAGAUUUCUCAAAGCUUAAACAAAAGUUGGAAACAUUGUGCUGGGAGUUAUCUUAUGACAAUUGUAAACAAUGAAGCUGAAACCCUCGACGAUGUGCGCCAGAGACUAACACUCAUGGAGGAUUCUGUGGAGAAAAUAAACUUCUUUUUGGAAUACCAGAGAGUGGGAAAGAAAUUUCUGAAACGCGUGUGAAUGCUGUAAUCGAGCUCCUAAACAAGUGUAAUGCCACACCCGGCAGAGAGGGUUAUACACGUGACGUAAUCACCGGUUGGGCAAGCAUCACAUGCAGAGCGCUUCACAAAUUGAAUAUAAAAAGAAACCUAAACCAAUGAUCGCAAAAAUUGCGUAUUGUGGUCACAAAAUGGACAUUUUUACCCAAAGAAGAGACAGAGAAAUAGGAAUUGCCAUAGCAAGUGACUUCAUCGAACGCCAUCGAUCUCCUGAGGAGCUACAGAGGAAACGAUGUCCACGCACACUACAAGGGCGACAAGAUUGUGUUGAUGGCCUCAUCGUAUCGCAAAAUAGAAAAGGCACCGAGGGGGUAGCCUCUGAUACCACGGUGAGAUCAUCACAACUACAGAAAAAAAGCGACAAAAUGCAAAUGCGGUAGCAGCGACGAAAACUUCAGUAAACAGCAACGACCAGACGAGGCAGACGAUGCCUGCUCGUGGGCAAAAGUCAAUGUGCGUCUUCGCAGAUGGAAUUUAUACAUCGUUCUGGCCAAGAUGACGAAGAGGGAAGUUAUGACUUGCAGCCCUUGGUUCCAGACCCACUGCUAUACAGUGAAGCAUUGAUGGCUGAUGGAGUGAAGGCUAAUGCAUCGUAUAGAUGAAAGUAAUAGUGGUCAACAGGUAUGUGCUACAUUGUAAAUGGAGAGGGAAGCGGGAGAGCAACCUUCUGAACCAUGUGAAGCGGGUACAAGGACGGCACAAACAUACAUCUGGUUCCUCAUCUUCACCAGCGACAUCCUGAUACCUCGUGCAGUGAGCCAUGGGAGACAACUGCUCGGAGAUCUAGCCAAAGUUACUUCUCCUUUUGUCUUUUGUUGGAAAUCUCUUCUUACACAGAUUUUUUUAAGGAGAGGUUUUAAAACUGUUGUCAAACCCUUCAGAUCGUCAAACGUGUAUUGCUUAAGUACUUGAAAUACCCGGGUAUUGAAGGGAUAAGUUGUUUCUUUCUUCCUAUUUCUGAGCUGUGUUCAAGGGAGUAUUUCUGUGGCUUGAAUUGUGGUUAAUUACAGUACUGCAUUUGCAGAAUUCCUUUCUGAAUUUACAUCCUCUCGUUGGGAUUUGACGUAUGAACUCACUGGUUGGCAAGGUCACGUGUGCCAAGAAAACUCUUCCAGGACUGUUUCCUGCAGAUCGUCCGAAACCUGUAGUCAUCGAGACCUCAGACGACUUCUUCAAGUUUGCGGUGACAUGGUGUGGGGUACAUGUAUGAUCCCCCGUACCUGGUGUGUCCUAACCUCAAGAUGAAGCUCUUGUGAUCGGUCAACGGGUCUUGGUCGGCCCAAGGCAUGGGAGGGGAUGUAAUUUUGUUUCUCAUACUAGCCAACUAUUUGUGUACUGAUUAGGUGCAACCAUCAGACCCAGAUCAUUUUCCAGCACUUGAUGCCACUUCGUCGAGGUACAUCUGUUUGAACCGCUUGAACACCUCUCUGUGUCCAUCAGGUGAUACAAGUAUUGAUGCUUUCACUGUAUGUUACCUCUACUAUUGCUUUCGAAGCUACUUAUAUAAAUGUAAACAAUGCGAUCGAGGUAGAGAAGGACAAUACCUGUGAUGUCAGUGACGAUAAUAAUAAGAGUACAGGUUUUAAAUAUAAAUACACUGCCUGCAGAAAGUUCAACAUGAAUGCUGAAGCCCAAAGUUACCAAGUUUCCACUUAUGUUUUUUAGUCCCUGAAUGUUUGUGGUCUCAAAGAAACAGUUCCUGAGCUAUGUGAUGUUUUAGUGAAAUGGAUAUUGUCUGUCUUCUAGAAACAAAACUAGAUUUAGAUCAGUGUAAUGUCACUGGCUUUAUGUGUUUUGUGAAAAAUGGGACAGUUUCUAGUAUGUAAACAAUGUUCAUAAUGAGCUGUUGGGGUAUUUAAAGAUUUUGAAGAUGUAAAGAUGUCGACUUUGCCAGUAGAAUAGAUAAUGACCUUCAGAAUUAUUACAGUUUUCUGCAGCACCCUGACCUUAUCUUCAAAUUUAGUAUUCCAAAUAAAUACAAUCCAACUCUCGUUGGUACUGCGGUAUAUGUACCACCAGAACAUUCAGUUUACACCUAAAGAAUGCUUUUCAAUAAAUUGAAGAGACUUUAGCUUAUUGGGAUAAUAAAUAUAUAUUACUACUUAGAGACUUAAUGCCAGAACAGGAAUCAUACCUGACUUAAUUUACUGAUUAGUUUCAUUAAUUUUUAAUAUAUUAGCUGUUAUAACCCGACCAAUGAAAUGUGUGGGUGGGUGUGAGUGAGAGAUAUUGUACAUAAAGAUAGAUAGGAAUAUGAUAUAUAUAUACGCCUUAGAGGAUAAGAGAUUCACAAAAGAAUCUUGAAACUUGAUAAUAAUAAACAUGCUAAGGGUAUUAAACAGAAACUGGAUGAUAAAAAUAUUAUGCCAUGCAGCCUGAACAGACCAGUCUGAAAGUGUGAUUUGUCUUCUAAUUUUCUUAAUAGAAUUAAUGAGUCAAUUUAAUGUCAGUGAUUAAACUGUUAUAUUAAUCAGACUAUUAGCGAAUGUUCAUGCUGUUAAAAUGAAGCAUCUCAAAACAGUAAUUGAUAUCUGAUAUUACCACAAACAUUAUCAAAUAACUAUGAUUUCCAUAAUGUUUGUCAUUAUUUAUACCUAUUCCUAGUUUUGUAUGCUGAUGAUACAGUCAUACAAAAAAAAACAGAGGUGACAUGCAGAAUGCACUGGAAGCUUUCAAUGUUUACUGCAAAAAAUACGGUCUGCAACUAAAUACUGAGGAAACUAGAACUAUGACAUUUUCACUUGGCAAGGUUAGAAAAGUUCCACAUCUUUCCUUUAACGGCUGAAUUAUUGAGGUGAUACAGGAUUAUAUAAGUACCUAAAAACAGGUUUUAAUCACAACAAUAAAUUCAAUAAGGUUAUUAAAUUAUGAUGGGCUCUUGCAAAAAAAAAAAAAGCAAUGUUCUCUCUGAUAAAGAAAUGUAGAUAGCUUGACCUGCCCUUUGAUAUUCAAAUUGACCUUUUUGAAAGAUGUAUAAAAUGUAUUUUGCUGAAGUGAAGUCUGGGCUUUUGAAUCUCUUGAUAUUUGUGACAGGAUGCAGGUAUUAUUUAUGACAUUGAUGUUGAAUGUAAAAACUAGCUCACCAUCAUGUAUGGUGAGGACCAAACUAUGUCAAUCUUUGCAAAAUGAAAGUUACUGUGCUUCUGGGAUAGACUAUCAACUAACCAUACCAUUGGAGAACGAAAAUUAUCCGUCCUACUGUUCCAAUUAGCAAGAUUUUAUUUAAUAGCUCAGUAUGUGAAUUACUAUGUACACAGAUAAUUUCCGCGUUACUUGCCAUAUGUUGAAAGAAGAUUUUAACAUGGAGAAGUACCUGAUAAAUUUAACCCCUGCCUUAAAAAAAUCCACUUAAUAAAAUUUAAUUUAAGUUUCAAUAAACUGCCUAUCCAACAAUUAAGAUAUAAUGAAAUACCUAGAAAUUAUGUAAUUUAAGUGAGGUAGGGGAUGAAUUUCAUUAUAUUUUUAUGUGUGCUCACCUCUUAUUGACUGUUUCCGCUAAAGCGAUUCUUCCAGACUAUUUUGUAUGUUCCCCUGAUACAUUAAAAUUUUUAUCAGCUAAUUAAUAUGAAAACAAACAGUGAACAUUAAGCAAAUUUAUUCAAAUUGUAAUAUCACUAGUUCAGGAACUGGAUACUCAUUUGUGGUUUUAAUACAAUAUGAAUGUAGUGUUAAUUUGACAGAUUGUUACAACUGCAGUUUCAAAAUGUGUGUAUAUUUAUAUAAUUGCUAUGUGACAUAAUAUGUGACAUAUUUCAGGUUUGUAUGCAUCAUUGCUUGUAUCUUGGCUACAAAUGCCCAUCUGGGCUUAAAGUGGAUUAAAAGAAAAGAAAAAUCACACUAUGUAAGUGAAAGAAAUGGAACUUCAAGAGCUGCUGUCGAUAUUUUCCUCUAAUUUUUUUAUGUGUUGGCGGUUCUAUGAGACUCAGAAAAUUAGUGAACAAGUUGUACUGUUGGCCCGUACGUUAUCCAUAAAAUGUUAUUGCAUGCAUUUUUAUUCACAUAUUCCAAAGAUAUUUGUUGAGAACUAUAGGUUCUGAGACUUUUUGCGGCACUAUUUAUUAUUUUGUUACAGUGUGUGCUGCGGAGGGAUAAAAAAAUGAAUUUGUGAUUGUUUUCAUCAGUUUAGUGAGGUAUUAAACCUCACCCCUACCUUCCAUCUUUGCGCUUUUUUGUAUGAAUUAUAUGGUCUAAAUGUUUCGAGUUUAAAAACAAUUGUAAAGAAUUUAUAAAAUAGUUCUCGUUUUGUAUGAUUACUGCAUGAUUAAUGAAAUGUUUAGAAAUUGCGUGGCCUGCUUUUGCAAGCAAAACAUUAGCUUCAACAAACUGUACCUAUAAAUAAUAACAGAAUCCAGUAGCAUUGUUGAUUGGAGGAAAACUUUAUUUGAUGAACUAUGACACGACCCACAUUUUUGCUGUCCACAAUACAAACAGUCGAUAAUUGCCUGAAAAAUUAAUCCCACGGGGAGACUUGUACCCCUCCAUCGCACCUCCAUCCCACACUCUCGUAUCCAAUUAACGAUUGUUUUUCCAUCGAUGACGACCUGAUGAUAGAGGCGAUGCUACUGACUAGUAGUAGAAGCUGACCACGGAGAUUUUAAGAAAGAAUCGUGGAAUCUCAGACAUACCGCAAGUUGGACGAUCCUCAGACCUCAGUUUAACUUUUGACCUUUUAUGCGUUUGCUUCACACACCUCUCCUACUCCUCAGUCUUUUUAACGUAUGGUGAAAGGAGAAGAGGUCACUGAGUGGGUUCAAGCCGCGAUUUCCGUGGUUAUUUUCAAAUGAUUUCUCUAUUAAGUUUUUUUUUAAUCCUUUAGGACUAUAGUUGAAUGCUGUCUCACUGUUUUGUUUACGUUGGUGUUCUGUUAAUUUGCUUAUUUGAUAUUCUGUGAUGGAGUUUUAAAAAAAUCUGUGAUCAUAACUUUGUCGUUCAUAUUACUUAUAGUAAUUAGGACUUUGUCUCAAAUCAAUGGCAUAAAGUAUUUAUGAUGCACCAACUAUUUUAGCGGCAUUCUAAGAACAGCCUCUGCACAUGACCUUUCAACUUUCAGAUGACCAGCAAAUUUCAUUAGUAUAUUUACACUGAUGACACUAAAGUGGUUCCCAUGACAAUGUGACGAGAAACAAAAUUCAGAGCUAGCAUCCUUGCUGAUGUCAUUACUCCCAUCAUCGUGACUGUUAUCAUUUUCAUCGUCAUCAACUUCACAAAAAUAUAAUGUCCACAAAAGCCGCCUUCUCCUAUGAGCUGUUGAUACAUAGGACCACCCGUAAACAAGGUCUAAUUGUUGAUUACAUCGGGUACCACUCAAAAAUUGUCCACAUUUUUCUUCACACAUUGCUCUCCGGUAUUGCAAUUUUCUUGUUCAAUUGUUAACAUGCACCGCUAAGAACAAAUGUAGCAUUUGUUUACCCCAGUAAGUGUUGACCUCAACCUUUAGAUACACUUUCCAUGGUACAUUCAACAGUCGAGGCUGUCAAGGUUACUAAAGUAGAUUUCUGUUCUAGGUAUUUGGGUUAUUUGGUAUACGAUUGUUUGGUCGUUCUGUUUCCGGACAAACAAACUGCGCAACAGUGUAGGUUUGAAUGUUUGUUUUAAUUGUAAAAAUGGAAUUGCAAUUCUGUGUAAUAAAAUC